AGCCUUUGCUUAAGCGGCACGUGGACCAGAAACACUUCCUAGAAACACACAAGUAUGAAAGCUGCCUCAGCCCUCCCUGAACUUUCCCUGUAAACACAGCAGCUGACAGUCCUGCAUCCCCGCUGGGUGGAUCCCGCAACUCCAAGUGGGGAAUGGCACUUCUUGUUUUUAAUUAGCCAAGGUGAAAAGGUGAAUUAAAACUGGCUGCUUGGCAAGCUGGAGCAAGGGGCUGACUUCGGAGGGGCUGCGACCUCCCCCCGAGAAAUGGGUGGGGAGUUUCAGAAGGACGGUGCACGCGAGUGUGCGCGCGUGUGUGCGCGCGUGAGUGUGUGUAUGUGUGUCUUUUUCUGAAUGAACAGUCUCACAGAAAGUGACUGGAAAAGCAGUUCUGGGGAAUCUGCAGGCGGUUCCUGGGUACCCAGCGCCUAAACUGAACUCCUCCCUUGGAAUGUCCGGGUACUCUCAGCUUGGAAACAACUGUCCUAAGCGGGAGGGUGGUUUCCUGUGACAUCUCCAAACACAGCCUGACAAAUGGCACUUGGGGAUCGUGUUUUCUGGUGACAACAGACUAGGUCGCGGUGUGUGACAGAACUGCUCGAGCUGCCUCUGAAGGAAAAGUCGCCUGUUCAACUCCCGAGCUCAGGGGCCAAAGUGAAGACCAGAGGAAAGGGGAACAUUUGCCCAGGAAGUAGCAUGGCAUCGGCUGGGCACAUCUUCACCUGGGUCCUGGGGGGGUUGCUCCUCGAGUUUUGGAGUGGAGGUCAUGCAACAGAAACCACCCACCCCCGGUUACGCCUCUCCCACAAAGAGCUCUGGGAUUUAAAUAGGACAUCAAUCUUUCAUAGUCCUCAUGGAUAUCUCGACUUUCAUGUGAUGUUGCUGGAUGAAUAUCAAGAACGACUGUUUGUGGGAGGCAGGGAUCUGGUGUAUUCCCUCAACCUGGAUCGAGUCAGUGAAGGCUAUAGAGAGAUACAUUGGCCCAGCACAGCCCUGCAAAAGGAGGAAUGCAUGAUGAAAGGGAAAGAUGCAAGUGAAUGUGCAAAUUUUGUUCGUGUUCUGCACCAUUAUAACAGAACACAUCUCCUGACCUGUGGUACUGGAGCUUUCGACCCUCUCUGUGCCUUCAUCAGAGUUGGACACCAGUUGGAGGGUUAUCAAUUUCAGUUGGAAACACACAGAUUUGAGAGAGGAAGAGGCAGAUGUCCUUUUGAUCCCAACUCUUCUUAUACUUCUACUUUAAUUGGUAGUGAGCUGUUUGCAGGACUUUACAGUGACUACUGGGGGAGAGAUGCAGCUGUCUUUCGCAGCUUGGGGCGUUUGGCCCAUAUUCGAACUGAACAUGAUGAUGAACGACUGCUAAAAGAACCUAAGUUUGUAGGUUCUUAUAUGAUUCCGGACAAUGAAGACCAGGAUGACAACAAAGUGUAUUUCUUCUUUACUGAAAAGGCACUGGAGUCAGAAAAUAAUGCACACACUAUUUACACAAGAGUGGGAAGAAUAUGUGCGAAUGACAUGGGAGGGCAGAGAAUUCUAGUAAAUAAAUGGAGUACUUUCCUUAAGGCAAGAUUGGUUUGCUCAGUGCCUGGAAUGAAUGGAAUUGAUACACACUUUGAUGAAUUAGUGGACAUAUUUUUACUACAUACAAGAGAUAAUAAGAAUCCAGUGAUAUUUGGACUCUUUAAUACAACAAGUAAUAUAUUCAGGGGGUAUGCUAUAUGUGUUUAUCAUAUGGCAAGUAUCCGUGCAGCUUUUAAUGGACCAUAUGCACAUAAGGAAGGACCCGAAUACCAUUGGUCACUGUAUGAAGGAAAAGUUCCCUACCCAAGACCUGGUUCUUGUGCCAGCAAGGUGAAUGGAGGAAAAUAUGGCACCACCAAGGAUUACCCAGAUGAUGCAAUCCGAUUUGCAAGAAGUCACCCACUGAUGCAUCAGCCUGUGAAACCUGUUCACAAGCGGCCAAUUCUAGUUAAAACAGAUGGAAAAUAUAACCUGAAACAGAUAGCAGUUGAUCGAGUUGAAGCAGAAGAUGGACAAUAUGAUGUCUUAUUUAUUGGCACAGAUAGUGGAGUUGUGCUCAAAAUAAUUACAAUUUACAACCAGGAAACAGAAUCAAUGGAAGAAGUAAUUCUAGAAGAACUCCAAGUAUUCAAAGUUCCAGUUCCUAUUAUUUCCAUGGAAAUUUCUUCAAAAAGACAACAGUUGUACAUUGGAUCUGAAUCUGCAGUUGCUCAAAUCCGAUUCCAUCAGUGUGACAUGUAUGGUACAGCUUGUGCUGAUUGUUGCCUAGCAAGAGACCCAUAUUGUGCAUGGGAUGGUAUAUCCUGUUCCCGCUAUUACCCAACAGGAACACAUGCAAAAAGACGUUUCCGAAGACAAGAUGUUCGGCAUGGAAAUGCAGCUCAGCAAUGUUUUGGACAGCAGUUUGUUGGAGAAGUAUUGGAUAAAACUGAGGAACGUUUGGCUUAUGGUAUAGAAUAUAACAGUACUUUGCUGGAAUGCACUCCACGAUCGCUUCAAGCAAAAGUAAUCUGGUUUGUACAAAAAGCACGGGAAACAAGAAAAGAAGAGGUGAAGACAGAUGACAGGGUUGUCAAAAUGGACCUUGGCUUGCUAUUCCUAAGACUACACAAAAUAGAUGCCGGAACCUAUUUUUGUCAGACAGUGGAGCACAGUUUUGUCCAUACAAUCCGCAAAAUCACUUUGGAGGUGGUAGAAGAGGAGCGAGUUGAAGAGAUGUUUAACAAAGACUAUGAGGAAGAGGUUUCCCAUAAAAUGCCUUGUCCUGCCCAAAGCAGCAUCCCGCAAGGCUCAAAGCCAUGGUACAAAGAGUUCUUGCAAUUAAUUGGCUAUAGCAACUUCCAGCGAGUGGAAGAGUAUUGUGAAAAAGUAUGGUGUACAGAUAAGAAGAGGAAAAAGCUUAAAAUGUCCCCUUCAAAAUGGAAGUAUGCCACUCCACAGGAAAAGAGGCUUAGGGCCAAGGCUGAGCAUUAUCGACUACCUAGGCAUGCACUGGACUUCUAAUGGGGUGAAAUCGUAGUGUUACCCUUUGAAGAAUUUGCAUUUUGACUUCUGAGAUUUGAAAGACAACAUCUGAUUACUUUAUGGAGGGAGAAAUAAGUACAAAGAAGAAAGUGACAGAAAAAAGUAUUAUGCUAAAUUAUACUUAACUCUAUUUGACUGGUUAGAAGCUACAUAAAGCUAACUAGUUAUUUAUAAGUGUCAUUAUAUUGCUUACAUGGUUUUCAACUAUAUUUAUCAAAAAGUUAUCUUGUAAUCUUUGUAGUUGUUUGAUUCUUCUUGCCAACUGCUCUUUGUUCCUUGUGUAUUAUUAGAAUAUUUAAGGAAAUUCAAAGGUGUUAAAGAAUUAAGAGGCAAGAGAUGGGAAGGCAAUGUGCUCAAUCAUGCUGCUUUUUCAAACUUCCUGAUUUGCUUUUAAAACUGACAGAUGAUCAGAGACCUUCAUUUUUUUUCAUGUGGACAGUUGGUAAUUUUUGUUGUCAUAGUUUUAGCCAUGAGUUUGCUCUGAGGACCACUGUGAUUUUUGUAAAUGAGAAGAGAAAUGUACUCAGCCCCAGGGGCACUCCCCUUUAUGAAACACUUAUGGGACCAGCUUCAUAUUUCUAUUAUUACAGCUGACACUAUUCCUUCCAGUUACACUCAGGUGUGGAAAGAAUGAGGUUAAGUAUAAGUUCCCAGUUAGAUGGUAAAACAAAACUGUCAAGUUGGAUUAUGGGUUAUGGUUGGAACAAAUGUUUGCUUUAACAGCUGGAAGAUUUAUGUGUUUGAAUUCUUAAGGUAAAAAAACAAAAACAAAAAAGCAGCAGCAUAUGUUUAUAGUAGCAUAUGCAUAUCCUUGUGUGUGUAUGUGAAAUGCAUACAUAUAUGUGUAUAUAUUUGUAUGUAUAUGUAUCUGUGUAUAUACACAUGUAUACAUGCAUGUGAGUAUGUGUAUGUGCUUGUAUACAUUUUUCUGCAGAAAUAUUUGUGCUCUAACUGCCUAAAGAAAGUUUGAUCAAAUAUAAUAUGAAACAUAUUAUAUUUGUCAUCAAAAUUCAUUAAUUAAAAAAACAAACAUUUUAAGACCUCAAGUUAUACUUUAGCUUGUGGACAAUUCAGUCAAAAGAAGUUUAUUAGUCCAGAAUAUGAGACAAGACAAAAGGUACGCACAAAUGAAAACUUAUUAAAUUUUCACUCCUUUAAAGCUUCUACUUUUAAAAAUGGCAUUUCAGCAAAACAUAAACUUAUUUUAUAAAGAAAAUCAUUAUAGUACUUCACACCUGAAUAAAUUAGUUAUAAAAAGGUAGAGAGAAAAUGAAUGUUAGAGCAUUUUUAUUUUUAUCUCAUAAAACACACUAGAAGCUUUGAUUUUUUGGUAAUAUUCAAUUUAUUUUCUGAACCUUUUCCUUCUGAAUCUUGCAUAUUAUAAUCCUGUAUUUUUCCUUGGAGCAUCCUCUUUUCUGAAUUCUAAAAUUUUAAUCUAAGGUGAUUAAUGAAACUAUUUAAAAUAAAAUAUAACACAAAUGAGCAAUGAAAAAGCAGGAAGUCAAAACACUGAAAAUGCAACAUUAUGAUUUCUUUUCCAUUUUCACUUUACCUAAUACUCACCUCACAGAAUCACAAAGGUAUAGUGGAUAGAGAGCUGUGCUGGGAAACAUGACGACCUGGCUUUGGGUCCAGCCCCAGAUAUAUAUUGCUGUGGGAUCAUAGGCAAAUCACUUUUCCUCUUUGUGGAACUUCUAAGGCUAACUGCAGAAGAGAUAACGGGAAACUCCUCCCUAGAGACUCCCUAUAGGGAUGAAAUCAUAGCCUGACACAAGAAGCCCGCAAACCUCAUAUUACUCCUCAAACAUAGUCAGUAUGAUGACGCAGUUGAAUUGCAGAUUGCUUCUGGUAGUUUAAAUUGUAGUCUAUGGUUAAAAUAAAAGUCUUAAUAUUGUUCAGAUCCAUGCUAGUGUAUCUUCUCCCCCCCCCUCAAUAUGACCAGAAAACAAGUACUUUUUUAGUAAAGUAAAAAUCCUACUAAUGUUGAAAUAAUAAAAAAACGGGGCAGAUAUAACUGAAAUUACCUUUUUUUUUCCCCCAAAAAAUAAACUUGCUAUUUAACAAAAAUCCACUGGGGGUCAUUGCUGCCCACUAGCAUGCUUCCAAAAGCAUGCCUAUAGUUUGGAAGUGAUCAAAAUGAGGCAAGACACACAAAUUCAUGGCAAUUCAAUGAGGAUAAUAUUUUAGCAGACUUGUGAAGAAUGCCUAAAACAUAGGAAAAGACCAAUCAGCUAAAAAGGAGCAUUAUUUUUUUUAAAUCUAAAGACAAAAUAGCAACUAUAGAUGGUAGCAGUGAGCUGGCUAAUUAUCAACAUACCUCAAGUUCUAAGGCAGAAUUUUAAAACUUCAAUAAUCAAAUUCAUCAGAUAAAUGUCGCUAUGGGGUAUGAGUAUUAAAACACUUCGAUUUGGAACUCCUUCCUUUGGCAGAACUGUCUUGAUUGGUGAAUGAGUGAGCUGCAAACAGCUGGAUUUCCUUGUAUAGCUGGGCCCAUAUCCUUGGACCAGACCAGGCUCCUCAUCCCAUCUAGAUUUUCUCCUCCUCUACCUUGCCAGGUGUCCUCCAUCCUUUCUUUUAUAAACCCUAAACUUCCAUCUUAGAACCAAUAAAAAAGUAUUAAGGCAGAAGAGUGGUAAUAGCUACAAGCAAUUGUGGUUAAGUGACUUCCCCAGGGUCACACAACUGGUAUAUCUGAGGCCAUAUUUAAACUUCUGACUCUGGUCCUGGCACUCUAUCCAUUGUGCUAUCUAGCUGCUUCAUAGCCUCCAUUCUUGCAUCAAAUCUUCUUCCUCUUUCAUUCAUAGCUCUGGACAUAAAAGUCAAAUCAAUCUUGUUAGCAAGAGUAUGUCAAUGGAAUACUCUAUGCAUCAACUCAAUAUCCCCGAUUACUCUUCAUACACUCUGAGCAGAGGACUUCUUGCCUCUGUGUGUUGUCUCCCACAGUAAACUAUGAGCUCCUUAAAGACAAGGACUAGCUUCUUUUUGCAUUUGUAUCUCCAGUGAUUAAAUAUAGUGUCUAGGAAUAGAGGCUUACAAAAGUAGGUUCAUUCACUACUUUCAUUAAAGAUGCCAAAUAUGUAUCCAAUCUCUUUUAUAAUCAGAGCUAGAAGGAAAAAGAAAGAAAGAAAA